GCUGAGCUGCUUCCAGCCGUUGGUGCAGGAGCUGCAGGACUUUCAGGGCAGGAGAACAGCGACAAGAAAACAUGCCAACCAAAAUGCUGACCACCAACUACCUGCCUUGCUGCACAGUCAUCCUAUCAGUGCUAUUAAAGCUGACCCUUGCCCAGUACGAGCACCUCGGCUACCCGCCGGGCUACCCGGACCCGGAGCAGGAGCAGUACUCUGCCCCGCAGCUAACACCGGACACACCCAGGAUCCAGCUCCGAUUGGCUGGAGAUAAGAGGAAGCACAACGAGGGCCGCGUGGAGGUUUUCUACAAUGGCGAGUGGGGAACUGUGUGCGAUGACGACUUCACUAUCCACUCUGCUCAGGUGGUGUGUCGGGAGCUGGGCUACCUGGAAGCCAUCUCAUGGUCUCCUUCCUCGAAAUAUGGGAAAGGAACAGGACGCAUCUGGUUCGACAAUCUCCACUGCACCGGCAAAGAGAGGACCUUGUCCCUAUGUCCGUCCAACGGGAUCGGCGUCUCAGACUGCAAGCACAGCGAAGAUGUAGGUGUGGUGUGCAGCGACAAGAGGAUUCCAGGAUUUAAAUUUGUCAACACCUUGCCCAACCAUGUGGAGAACAUUGAUAUUCAAGUGGAGGACGCGCGCAUACGACCCAUCCUGUCAUCGUACCGCAAGCGUAUCCCUGUAACAGAGGGCUACGUAGAGGUGAAGGAUGGGGGGAAAUGGAAGCAGAUCUGUAACAAUGAGUGGACCCAGUUUAACAGCAGAGUCAUCUGCGGCAUGUUUGGCUUCCCCGGGGAGAGGAAGUACAACGCCAGAGUCUACAAAAUGUUUGCUCGCAGGAGAAAACCCACAUACUGGGACUUCGCGGUCAACUGCACUGGCAACGAAGCCCAUUUGUCCAACUGUAAACUGGGCCAGGCUACGACCCUGAAGAACAAUGGCUCCUGUGCAGAUGGGUUGCCUGUGGUGGUGAGCUGCGUGCCCGGCAGAGCCUUCGCACCGGCGUCCAUGACAGGAUUCAGGAAGGCCUUCAAACAAGAGCAAGUGCUGGUUCGUCUUCGUGGUGGGGCCAUCGUUGGCGAGGGCCGAGUGGAGGUGCUGAAAAACGGAGAGUGGGGCACCAUCUGUGACGAUAACUGGAACCUGCUGUCUGCCACCGUGGUGUGUCGAGAGCUGGGCUUUGGAUCGGCCAUGGAGGCCCUGUCUGGAGGCCGCCUGGGACAAGGCAUGGGCCCGGUGCACAUGAACGAGGUGGUGUGCUCCGGAUUUGAGAAAUCCAUCACAGAGUGUUUCUUCAACAAGGAGUCUCUGGGCUGCAGCCACGAGGAGGAUGCAGCCGUCAGAUGUAACAUCCCUGCUAUGGGCUUCCAGGAGCGGCUGCGUCUGAGCGGAGGUCGUAACCUGUUUGAGGGCCGUGUGGAGGUGAUGGUGGAGAGGAACGGUUCUCUGGUGUGGGGGACGGUGUGCAGUGAGGGCUGGGGAAUCAAGGAGGCCAUGGUGGUGUGCAGACAGCUGGGCCUGGGCUUCGCCAGCAAUGCUUUCCAGGAGACGUGGUAUUGGCCGGGGCAGGUGAGUGCGGACGCUGUGGCGAUGAGUGGCAUUCGCUGCUCCGGCACCGAGAUGUCCCUUUCCCAGUGCCUGCACCACGGAGACCACCUCAGCUGCCCGAAAGGAGGGGGACGUAAUGCUGCUGGAGUCUCCUGUUCUGAGACGGCUCCUGACCUGGUGUUGAACCCUCAGGUGGUGGAGCAGACCACCUACAUGGAGGACAGGCCCAUGUUCAUGCUUCAGUGUGCGUACGAGGAGAACUGUCUGGCCUCCCCCUCCAGCCAGGCCCCGGCCAACUCCUACCGCCGCCUGCUCCGCUUCUCCUCCCAGAUCCACAAUAACGGCCAUUCGGACUUCAGGCCCAAAGCCAACAGAAACUCCUGGGUGUGGCACGACUGUCACAGGCACUAUCACAGCAUGGAGGUGUUUACACUCUAUGACCUGUUCAGCCUCAACGGAACCAAAGUGGCUGAAGGACACAAAGCCAGUUUUUGCCUGGAGGACUCAGAGUGUGAUGAAGGUAUUGAAAAGAGGUAUGAAUGUGCUAACUUUGGAGAGCAGGGCAUCACUGUUGGCUGCUGGGACACGUACAGGCACGACAUCGACUGCCAGUGGAUCGACAUCACCGACAUCAAACCUGGAGAUUACAUUUUCCAGAUAGUAAUCAAUCCAAACUACGAAGUGGCAGAGUCAGACUACAGCAAUAACAUCAUGAAAUGCAGAUGUCGAUAUGACGGCCACCGUGUGUGGAUGUACAGCUGCCACAACGGUGGCUCAUUAAGCACUGAAACAGAACAGACGUUCCCAGGCCUCCUCAAUAACCAGGUGACCCACAGGUAAAGACAAACCAGAGGUGAACCUCCAGCAGGGAAACCGCGCGGAGCCAUCAAACACUCUGCAUCUCCAUCAGUGGUGGCUCCCUCCUGCUCGCCCUGUCCUGGUCCAAUCAUCUUGUCCCUUCAUCCUCGUGGCAACAGCUUUCUUUGGCCCUCCACCCUUUAUCUUUUUCUCCCAAUAGAAAGAAUAUUUGUUUCCCCCUCCUGUCCAAACAGAGGCAGCUGCAACCACGCUAACACUUCCACCAUCCCUGGCUAACUUCAAGAAGCUCUCUGUGUACCCUGUGGUUUUAAUUUUUUUAAAGAGCGCUGAAAUAAGCCUGCUGGGAAGUGGCAGCUAUUUAAGUGCAGCACUGACGUGCAGCAGUUUCUUUGUUCAGAGAUCAGCCUGGAGAGUGUGGAUUUCUGUGUCAAGCCGUCUGAGAGAGAUCAUCGAUAAAUGACAGCGUAGGAAAUAAUUCCACUAUUUAACAGUGCCUUGUAACUGAAGUCCCUUUAUAGGCAACAUAUUUUAGAUGAAGGCAGAAUUUGACAUUUUUGCUGAAGAGUUUCUGCAUAUUACACUUGAUAGGUAAGUCCGGAAAAAAGCUAACAGCCCGCUUCAAGUGCUGCCUGUUUCAGCUGUAAGAGCAAGGCUAAAAUGUUUCAGUGUGUAGAAUUUAGUGACAUCUAGUGGUGAAGCUGCAUGUUGCACCUGAACAACCCUCACCUCAGCCUCCCCUUCCAAAGAUGAAAGAGAACCUGUGCCUUCAGUUUUCAUUGAAACUCAAGUGUUUAGUUUGUCAAGUCUGGGCUACUGUAAAAAACAUGGGCGGCCUCCGUAUAUUGAAAAAAUCACUAAUAUUUUUUUAAUUUUGUUCUCUGUCAACAGAUCCCUUUCCCUGAAAUCUUACACAAUAAACCUUUAAGUGCAUUAAAGUUCUCUAAAGUAGUUGUUUAAAUAGUUGUAGACAUUUAUCUCCUGUCUGCUUUGCAAACUACAUGGACCAGACAGGAGUCUGGAUUAAGUGUGAAGUUUUAACAUUUCAAUGAGCAGGUGUUUGUGUGGAGGUGGUGUGAGUCUGACCUGCACAUUACCUGCACUGCUGCAUAAUGUCAACAGAGAGAAGCCAAAUAUUGUGAUCAGAUUUUGAGAACUCUGUUCUCUUCCCCGUCACUUGGGGGAAGAAUUGCCUCCAGACAACGUCUUGUUCUGAUAUGUUCGUAUCUAUUUCCUCUUUCUGAUAUUUAGCAAUGGUUUGUUUUCGAAGCUAAUAUGUUUCUUUUCUCCUCGUUCACUACUGUAACGAAAGAAAAAUUUUUGUUCAAAUGAACAUUUAAGCUUUUUUGUUUGUGUUACUGCAUAUUGUAAUAAUGUAAGUAGCCACUAGGGGACGAUUUACAGCAUAACGAAAUGGAGGCCGUUAUACAGACAGUCUAUAGUGAAGACUUUAACUACAGAGAGGACUGAAACACUUCUUUUUCACCCUGGUAUUAAGUUACUAUUUUGAGUAAGUAAUACCUUUAUUUAGACCAGCCUUUUUUUUCAGCCUUUUUUUCAGCCUUUUUUUUGUAGUUUAUUUUAGCAGGUCUCAUCAGAACUGUCAUUCCCCAAAAUAACCAAGCUUUAAUGUUGAACUCGUGCUUAAGUGAGACUGAGCAAAUGGAAGAUUUGUUCCAAAAAAUAACCCAAAGUGCUCAACAUGAGCAGUUCACAAUUUAGAACAACAUCCCCUUCUAUUGUUCCUUGUGCACUGGCUUGUGCAUGAAUAGAAUGACUCCACAGAGCAUCAUGAUUAGUGGAUCAUUAGCUACACAGAAGAUGAAUAUUAUUGACUUUUGACCAGUGAACUUUAGCUAUUAGCCUAUAACAAGCAGUCAUGACAGUCCUGAACUUUAGAAGGACAGACUGGCGAAAAGUGUCCUAGUGUAUUAGCUUAUAUUUAACCUGCGUUUGUUGUUUACCUGCGUGAACUGCUCCAGAAAAGGAAUCGUCUGCACACGGUCUCAAUACAGGGUCUGUUUUCACCUUGAAGUGCCCAAGCAAAGUGAACAAGUUUUUACUGACUGUCUACUAGCAAACUUGUUAGCAGCAAAAGCUUUAUCUUUUUAUGAUGAAUAAUAUUUCAUGAAUAUGUGAGGAUUAUUUUACCUGUAACCAUUUCUGAUGUGAGCCGUUAUGAUUUCACUGUUAUCGUGAUGAAGCCGACACAACACAGAAGAAGACAAACUCUGAACAACCCAUGUUAGCUCUCUUGCUGAUAUGCUAAUAUAAGUUUAUAUUGCAUCUUAUGUAUUGCACUGACAUGUGUGGGGGAAAUGCUACUAAGGCAUAGUGAUAUGAGGAAAAGACGAGGGAAUAUCAACAUUUUCAACAAUUUUCUCGGACAUAUUCUGGAGAAAAAACACAUUGACUUAUGUAUUAACUUACCAUUGAAUAAAAAAAUAACUUUCAUGGUCUUGAUCAUUCCUAAACACGCUGGCAAAAACGCUGCAAUGAUGAACUAGAUUGUUCAUCUUCUAGUGAGCACAGCAUGGCCCCACCUGGAGGCAGUAAGGGACCUUACAGCUUGGCUGCAUGAGAACACCAGGCAGUUUGCAGGGUAGAUGCUUUCAGCUACAGGACGUUGUAGAUCUUCAAAUACAACAAGAAAAGGUAACUUGUCCUAUUUGUUUACAAGCCAGUGGCAGCUCAGCUGUGAAACAUGUGACCUACACCAGCACGGCCAUUCAGAGGCUUCGAAGCUGUUUCUCCAAAAAGCAUUUUUACUGCUAAUAACCAAAACAAUAAUGAUAUCUUUAAUAUGACUUUGAUUUAUGCUUAAUGCUCACUGUAGUGUGUCUGUAGUUUUUCCCUUGGCACAGUGUUGGCUCCACAUGAAGCUCAUGGGAACGUGUUAUAGCAACAGGCCUUUAAAGAAGUGCAAAGAUGUCUGCCAGUUCCUCUCACUGCUUUAUAUGUUCACAACGAAUCAGAAGAGCAGAUUUCCAUCCUGUUGCGACACAAACUCCAUCUCCUCACAACAGAGAGGACCAACAGUAUUUCUUCAUGUUAAGACAGUCACAGCUGCAGGUUUUCUUUUUUUUCUUUUCUAACGAUUAAAAAACACUUUCUGUCAUUCAGAUUAGGUUUAUAUAAUAUUAUUACAACAUUGUACAAUAACGUAUGUGAAUCCUAGUUUAUUAUGCUUUUUAUUAUGGUGCUAUCAAACUGGCCCUCUGUUUUCUGAGGGUACAGUACAUGUUUGAACAGCUACAUUACGUGUACUAACGUCAUACUUGAACUGAGCGUGAUGUGCUUUGUGUUUCCAAAUAUAAUAAAGGUCAGAGUUACGGAGCAACCAA